GGCUUGUUUUCUAGAGGAACGCUUUAUGCACUUUUUGGUAUUUUCAACCAUCCGGGGGCACGCUACCCGCCUCGGUCCAGACUCUGCUAUGUAAAAGGGUUUCUUUCCUAUGUAUGUGUAAAUAUACUUCGGACACCUUGCAACGCUUGCGCCUCUCCAACAGGGGCAGGGCUUGUCAUUUUGGACAUCCUUCUUCCCCUUCCACUUGCUACCCCGAACGCAGUGUGACCAAACUCCCCACUGCCCCUUGGACGUGGAUCGCCGAGGGGUGCCAAGUUUGGGGUGCAAACGUCUACUUCGCAGGAAGGCCUGGGACCGCCCCGCCCCCGCCGCCAGCGGUCGGGGAAGUUUACAUCUGGAUUGUCACACCUUCUGUCGCCACUGCCCAGACUCUGACUAACCUUGUGGGCGCUGGGUUUUCGGUGCUGCGGCCUCCUCAAAUAUUAGCACUGCCUCCCCGCGCCUGCCCUGUCCCUCCCGGGCACCGAGGUCCUGCCCUCGCCCCGGCGGAGCGCGAUCCCGAGGGCGCAGUGGAGUCCGGGCCUGGGGCCCGCGCUGAGCAGCUAUGGCUGCUGCGAUAGCAAGCUCCUUGAUACGGCAGAAGCGGCAGGCGAGGGAGUCCAACAGCGACCGGGUGUCGGCCUCCAAACGCCGCUCCAGCCCCAGCAAAGACGGGCGCUCCCUGUGCGAGAGGCACGUCCUCGGGGUGUUCAGCAAAGUGCGCUUCUGCAGCGGCCGCAAGAGGCCAGUGAGGCGGAGACCAGAACCCCAGCUGAAAGGAAUUGUGACAAGGUUAUUCAGCCAGCAGGGAUAUUUCCUGCAGAUGCACCCAGAUGGUACCAUUGAUGGGACGAAGGACGAAAACAGCGACUACACCCUCUUCAAUCUAAUUCCUGUGGGUCUACGUGUGGUGGCCAUCCAAGGGGUGAAGGCCAGCCUCUAUGUGGCCAUGAAUGGUGAGGGCUAUCUCUACAGCUCAGAUGUUUUCACUCCAGAAUGCAAAUUUAAAGAAUCUGUUUUUGAAAACUACUAUGUGAUAUAUUCUUCCACACUGUACCGUCAGCAAGAAUCUGGCCGAGCUUGGUUUCUGGGACUCAAUAAAGAAGGACAGAUUAUGAAGGGGAACAGAGUGAAGAAAACCAAGCCCUCGUCACAUUUUGUACCAAAACCUAUUGAAGUGUGUAUGUACAGAGAACCAUCACUACAUGAAAUUGGGGAAAAACAAGGGCGUUCGAGGAAAAGCUCUGGAACACCAACUAUGAAUGGAGGCAAAGUCGUGAAUCAAGACUCAACAUAGCUGAGAACUCUUCUUCCCUCUAUCAUACCUCCCCUUUCCCUUCCCUACCCAGUACCCAUUUCCUUCUAAUCAAUUCACCCAAGGAGAGAAAAAUAAAAUGGCAACACAAGACCUAGUGGCUAAGAUUCUGCACUCAAAAUCUUCCUUGUGUAGGACAAAAAAAAAAAAAAAAUUGAACCAAAGCUUGCCUGUUGCAAUGUGGUAGCAAAUUCAUAUGCACAAAUUAGUAUAUCUAAAAUCAAAGAAAAAAAAUAAAUCAGGAUUCCACCUUGAAUGAAACUAUGUUAUUAAUACUGGGCUAAUUGUAAUGAAGACAUAACUUUAAUAAAAAUGAAAUAAAGUUGUUAUCUUAAAGGAAAAGGUUUUAGAAAAUUGAACUUACACAUGGAUGUUGUACUUAAUAGCUUACACUCUGAAUAACUCUGUGCUGUAUGAGUUUGAUCCUGUGUUUUCUUUAGGAAUCUGGAAUUGACAUACAAUUACAUUCUGUUUCUGGGAUUUUUUUUAAAUCAUGAAAUUGAAUAUGUAUGAGUUAUAAUCUCUUUUAAUACCAAUAGAUAUACCCAGGAAGCAUUUAACAUCAAGAAAAGUUUUAAAAAUUAUUCCUGAAACUGUUAUUUCAGAUUGUUUUAUGCAAAAACAUAUUCUCAUAUUGAGUCUAAUGGCAUUCACUGAUUUAAUUUUUCAUAAAGAGUUUCAGAUUCUCCUAGGAAAUAUCAUAUUUUCAACAAAUGUAUGAAUCCAGGAUCUUGUUUAUGUUGGGUAAUUUAUAGAAAGAAUUCUUAGCUAACACUGAAGCAAAUUGUGAGAAUUCUCUUCCAUUGCUAUGUCCAGCCAGUGAGGUCUGAGUUAUUACCAUUUGGUCUGACGUUGUGCCUUGUGGACACCUUUCAGGAUGUAGGUGCUUGUUUAACUGUCUUAAGAGUUUUAGACCAUAUUUUGUAGCAAGAAAGAAGGAAGAAAUGUUAUAUAUAAGGAAGUAAGUCCUAGGAAAUUUGUCAAAGCAAAUUAUGAGUUUUAUUUAUAUAGCAUUUCUAAACUCUGCAAAGAAAUUGGGAAGCAUGGCUGUAUAAUUACUAACUUAACUAUAUUAUGAAACCAGUAGUUUGUUUCUUGCUAUAUAUUCUCAUUUGUAAGUCUAGUUGACAAUAAGUCUGUCUUCUAGAAAAGAGAAGUAUACUAGUAAUACACUGAAUUUUCAAGGGUCAUAGAAAAAUACUAUGGAAUGUGCAGCCAUGGCUUCAAUAGACAGAGGGUUUUGUGAGAGACAUUCAGUGUAAAAGCAGGCAAAUCUAUAAUUAGGGACUCUAAAAUAUUAGAAAAAAUAUUAAGGAAGACAUGGAUGCAUUGGGAUAAACAGAUUUACUCAGUCCUACAAAUCAGGAAUGGUGUAGAGACAUCCAAAUUAAAACAAAAUAAAACAAAACAGAAUGAUAUCAAAUGUAUGCAGAUUUAUGGAUAUUAUCAACGAGAAGACUUAGCAUGUGACUUCUCCUAUUAUCUCUACUGUCCAGCAUGUAUGUUCCAAAUAUGACUUCCUAAAAUAUAUAUACUUUGCAGAAGCUCUAGGCCCUCACCUCAAACCUUGCUAUUUGGUUGCUGUAUUCCUUCAAGAUCAGCAUAGUUUCCCUCACUCUACACAAUCAUUAUUCUUCAAUAGAAGUCUGUGUGCUUCACCAAGUAUCCUAUUUCUGUUAUCAUGACGAUAGCAGAAAAUUGAAUCAAAAGAGUUAGCCGGAUCAGUUGGGAAAAAUAGAUGCUAUGCAUUUAGACAACAAUAUUGAACGCUGUUUGGUAAGAGAUAUUUGUCUAAUCAAAAUAUUUGGAAAGUAAAACAGUAAAAUACUUAAAAAGGAAUGUUGCUCUUGUAGGAAAAGAAUAUUCUUGUAAAAAAUACAAAUCUGACUGUAUAUUCCUUGUCACUCUUGAUUCAACUUAAUCAUAAAUAUGCCUGUCACUUCCAGGACCAAACAAAUCCCAAGCACAAAGCCUUAUUUUCUUUGGAAAAAAAUAAAAUAGAGGCAUCAACAAAAUUGGUCACCACUGUUUUCAUAUGGAAUGACUUGAGAUUUUGUGGUAAUGCACAGACAUACACAUUAAUAACACAGUUAAUAAUUUCACAAGUGACACAUUUGAUAGAAUUCACAGUCCUCAAUUACCCUGAUGAUUUUAUGAUGGAAUCUGCUUAAUGCAAUUAAUUGUGAAAAAUAUCGUAAGAGUUAUGGAUCUCCAACAAAAUCCCUCCACUUUCAGUCAUUAAUCACCUACAUGUAUGGUUGUCUCCUUUCUAGCAGUUAAAAAGAGUUCUAACCACACAAUUUGAAUAUUGUUUUUCUCCAUAUCAUGUUAAGAAAAUGUCCACUACAAUAAAAAUGCUUUGGAAAUUAGCUUUUUUAUUUCCAAUACAUUUUAGAAAAUGAAUUGACAGUCUCAUAUUUCUUUUACACAUAUACUUACCAAAAAUUAUAGUUUAGAGCACAGGUUGAAUGUUUUCUUAACUGCUGCCUAGUUUGAAAAUAUAUGAAAUCCUUAAUAGAAAAAGUAAGUAUUUGCUGCCUAGGUUUAAAAAAAUCCAUUAUAAACAUAAAGUUACCAAUUUUACUCCAAAAUAUGAACAACUAAAAUAAUUCUGUUUUUCAUUGUUCUGCUUUCCAAGCCUUCAAUUCAUCCAUCACUUACUCUCCUUUAAGUUAAGUAAGAUCUUUAAAACAUGUUGGAAUAGUCUCAAGAAAAAAUUUCUUAGUAAACUUUGUAAUUGGCUAUGUAGAUGUAAAUUAAGACAUGUUUGUUGUAAGAGUCCUUAUUCUUGUACGUCUCAAAAUUCAUGGACUAAACAAUGAAAACAAAACUUGAGGGUCACAAAAUAGCUUUCUAGUCAAAUAUCAUUUUAUUUGAAGCUAAAAGUUUGUGGUACAGAAACGGAUGGUGCUGAAGUUCUGCUUGCUAAUAUAGAGACUUUGUGUUCAGGCAAUGAGAGGACAACAAAGCAUCCUCUUCUUGAUCAUAGUAAUGUUGCAAGUUUGAAUUUUGCAUAUGGAUUUCAUAGGAUAUUUUUAGCCACCACGGAUUGGUGCAAUAAAGAAGUAUCAACGUAAUAGCAUGUGAUGUGUAAUGGGCUUCAUUUUAAUUUGAGAACACUUGUUUAGCAAAACUCUUCUAUUUGACAAAAUGGCAACACUGUAGACAGUAUUGUAUCUAGAUGGGUUGUCCUCUUUGCCACUAGUAGGAGAUGAGGAUAUUGAGAUAAGAGUAAUGGAUGAAGAAUGACUUUGUUGUCUGUUCACAAGUUUGAAAGUCUUAAUGUAGCAUCACUGAUUUCUUGGUAAAGAAGCAUGACUACAUCAACUAUAAGUUUUUAAGACACACACAUAAAUAGCAGAUACACUAUUUUAUCCUCAUGGCUGGGUGUACAAGUCUUUUCUCUUAAGAAGAUUUUCCAUGAUGUUGCUUAAUUUCAUCUGUACAAGGUAAGACACAGUAAGGCAUAAAAAUUCCCUGCUCAUUUUAACAACAUAAAAGCCUGAGAUUAUAUCUCUGUCAUAAAAUUGUUAAUAGCAUUUUUAAAGUCAGAAUUACAUUGAAACAAUGGAUUGUUCUACAAAUAUAUAUGUGUAUAUACAUAUGGUUCUGAAAUUAGGAUAUAC